UGUGUGCAUAUAUAUAUGUAUAUGAAGUUGCAGCUUUGGUAGUAGCUAAGAGCUUGAAACUAAGAAGCUACAUAAUCAUGAGUUCCAAGGUUGAAGACGACCCAGAAAAUGGAGGAAGAGGUUCUGAAAAUGGUUCUGAUCGACAGCUGUAUGAAGGCAUGGUUCAACACCAAGAUGCCAUGGACCGGGUUCUGAGUUUCACUAAGAUUUAUCAGCCACAUGUAAACAAAGCUAAGAAAUAUAACGGGAUGCAGACAUUGGUGCUGGCAUACCAAUCUCUUGGAGUUGUGUAUGGAGACCUUGGGACUUCUCCUCUAAAUGUCAUCUCUUCCAUCAACCUCUCAAACCCUAACGAAGAAGAUCUUUUGGGGAUUCUCAGCCUCAUCGUCUGGACUCUAACUCUUCUGGUUUUGAUCAAAUACGUCUUCAUCGUUCUCUAUGCCAAUGAUCAUGGGGAAGGCGGCACCUUCGCUCUUUACUCGUAUCUUUGCAGACAUAUCAAGUUCAAGAGCAAAUUCACCAUUAGAAGCACACGGCUGGAGUCUGAUGAGAGCAUGAGAUAUUACAGUACCAGAAAUAGUGCUUUCAAGUCCAAGGCUAAGAGGUUUCUCGAGGGAAGCUCCACAGCUCAGUCCAUUCUUACUUUUGUGGUGCUUCUUGGGACCUGCAUGGUCAUCGGCGACGGAGCUCUAACUCCGGCAACUUGUGUUCUCUCAGCCCUUCAAGGGAUCCAAUCACGCUCCUCAAAAUUCACACAAGAAAAUGUAGUUUUACUGUCGGUGAUCCUUCUGGUGGCUCUGUUUGCUUUCCAGAGAUGUGGAACCAGUAAAGUUAGCUUCUCCUUCAGUCCCGUUAUGGUAAUGUGGUUUGUUUCCAAUGUUGGAAUUGGAAUCUACAACAUUAUAGUACACCGGCCAUCGAUUCUUAGGGGAUUAUCACCUCACUACAUUUAUAAUUUCUUUCUGAGAAAUGGCAAGAGCGCUUGGGAUCUCCUUGGUGCUGUGUUCUUGAGCAUUACAGGUGCUGAAGCUAUGUUUGCCGAUUUAGGCCACUUUGACAAAAGAGCGAUUCAGCUGGCUUUCACUUCCUUUGUUUAUCCGGCAUUAGUGCUCACCUACGCCGGCGAAGCAGCUUAUUUAGUGAAAAACCCUACAAGGAUCAGAGAAGCCUAUUAUAGCUCCAUUCCCGAUCGGUUAUACUGGCCAAUGUUCGUCGUAGCAACCCUCUCCGCCGUCGUUGCCAGUCAGUCAAUGAUCUCGGCGAGCUUCUCCAUUAUCAAACAGUCUCUAGCUCUUGGUUGCUUCCCUCGAGUUACCAUGCUCCAUACUUCUUCCAAGCACGAAGGUCAAGUCUACUCUCCAGAAAUCAACUUCAUUCUCAUGAUCCUCUGCGUAACGCUAGUCGUUGGGUUCAAAGGCGGCAUUGAACUCUCAAAUGCUUAUGGUGUGGUGGUGAUAUGGGUGAUGAUGAUAACAACCUGUUUGACGGCGUUGGUGAUGCUGGUAAUCUGGGACUCCAACUUUCUCCUCAUCUGCCUCUUCUUCGUUCCAUGCAUUCUUCUCGAAGCCGUGUAUAUGACCUCUCUUCUCAACAAAAUCCCGCAAGGAGGCUGGGUUCCAUUCGCCAUCUCAGCUUUCUUCCUCGUCAUCAUGCUUUCAUGGACCUACGGAAGAACCAAGAAGAGCAUCUACGAAGGCGAGAGGAAGAUCAGCUUGCCGGAACUCAGCCAAAUGGUAUCGGAUCCUCGCCUGUUUCGAACUCCCGGAAUCUGCUUCUUCUGCACUGACCUCGUCAACGGCAUCCCGCCCAUCAUCCGGCGGUACAUCGAGCACACCGGCUCGGUCCGCGAGAUCUUGGUGAUCAUCACGGUGAGAACGCUGCCGGUCAAAACCGUGCUGCCGGAGGAGCGGCUGGUGAUGGGGAGACUGGGAAUAGAAGGAGUUUACCGGUGCCUGGUUCAGUACGGGUACAAGGAUCCAGUCACCAUGGAGGGGGAUGGUUUUGAGGGUUCGGUGGUGGAGAAGCUGCAGGAAACGGCGGAAACGGCCGGCGAGAAGUUGAAGUUGGAGGCGGCGGCGGAGAAGGGGGCUGUGUUCGUGACAGGGCGAACUAUUCUGACAUCGAAGAAGGAGAAAGGAUGGAUUGAACGGUUCGUGAUUGACUGCUUGUACAGGUUUCUGCAGAAGAAUAGCAGAGCGGCGACUUCGUCGAUGCAAGUUCCGGUGGAGAGUACUUUGCAAGUGGGAAUGCUUUACGAGAUCUGAAUCAUCAUUUUAUUUAGUUUUAUUAGCCAGUUGUAAGAUAAAUUUGGCAAAUAUGUAUUCGCUAUUCAGUAUGAACUAAAAGGGUGUCUCUUUUAAAAAUAAGAAAAAAAGAAAUAAAAUGCUUUUCUAAGUUGAGCCCAA